AUGGCCACUCAAAUUUCGAGGAUUAAAGUUCUACUAUCGUCGUUAUCAUCACGAAGACGAUCAUUAUUCAAAAUUAUAGUGUAUGAUGCUCUACAUUCCGCUCUUGCGGAAAAAAUGUGUGGAGAUACGAAGCUGGACGAAGAGAUUCAUAAAGUAAUGAUAAAGCAACAAACGAAACUUAUGAAGUGGAUUGUCAUAGUCUCAAAUUCAAAGAAACUUCUUCCGUUAAUCUUUUUCUCACUCCUCCCAUAUGCAGCCAUACAAAGAAUGCCUGUUAAAAAAGAUAAUUAUAUUGAAGUAGAGGCACAAGAACACAACAAGAGGCAGCUAAAGAGUAACAAAUCCUGUUGGCUAUUUAACCUUGAACUUCCAUGCUAUUUGUUAUCUUAUCUGCUUUGUGCCGUUAUCUUAAAGACGCCUCCCUUUCCCGUGUUGAAUUCACUUAUUUGGUUCUUUGGACAGGAAAAGGAAGCAAAGAAAGAAGGUUUCAGGGAGUAUCUGGAGGCCAGUGGGGUUCUUGAUGCUCUAACCAAAGUCCUUGUGGCACUGUACGAGCAGAAUGACAAACCUUCUUCAGCUCUUGAAUUUGUCCAGCAAAAAUUAGGUGGUCCAACGGUGUCUGAAUAUGAAAAGGUACAAGCAGAGUUAUCGGAUCUGCAUAUCAGAUAUGACGAACUUCUAAAAGAGCAUCAAGAAAGAUGCAGGGAGUUGGAGCAAUUGAAACACACACAAGUAGUCAACUAAGGAACCUGUUGUGGGAAAUGCUUUUGAUUAAGAACUCAAGAGUACAGAUGUAGUAAAGAGUUAAUAAUGC